CGAAUUCUGAGCAUACAGAGCCUUGAGGCUCAUCACCGCUUCUGUGAAUGGAUGGAGGGUGAGUAUAUCCUGCCUGACACACAGAAUGGCUCCCGUCAUGGUUUUCAUGGCCUCAAUAAUCCGUUCAUACUGCGUUGCACAAUCAAGACAGCAUUGGGUUCUGGCCGACCACUCUAUGUCAUCCUGUCUGAUCUAAUUAUGCUUUUCCCUCGACAGACUACUCCUCUCUACGGGUCAUGA